AAUAAGGUUGGAUGGGAAUAGUUUGUCGAUGCCUGUUGGUCGCUGUCGUUUUUAAAGUAGAUGCAAACAUGCUGUGAUUUAGUGGUGCAGAACGUUUCAACGCGAUAUCGGCUGCCGGAGGAAAUAUUACAAUCUGGCAUGAAUUCGUGAAGACAGGCUGGGCACAGUGUGUGAGUUUGUGAGAGUAAAAAAAAGGUGUUUUAUUUAGCAACAAAGUGACGUGUGAUUUCGCAUUGAAAGUUUUGUCGGUGGUGCACGCGAUAGGGUGAUUUUGCGUGGAAUAGUGGAGCCCAAUCACCGGGGCAGUACCUCGAGGAUCUCCUGACGUUGGUCGGUGGCUGGGUUUUUCCCAUUACUAUCGCCCGGGAAACAGGGUUACUUUGGGGCGGAACCUCCAAAGCUGCAUUUGGAAGGAAGUUAAGAGUGAGACCAAAACCGGGCCUGGCAGUCCUUGCGCCCAUUCCAGCGGAUUAUUCGUCCUGCUGCCAGUAUUUAUCGGAGAUUUGUAUAUGUGUGUGUUGUGUAACCGUGGUGCAAGUGAUGUUCUGCUGAAAUAAGUAGGCUGCGUUGUGGCAACGAAAACUAGCAGGAGCUGCUUUCGAAUACACACACCACAGUGCUCUCCUGUUGCCAACAUCGUAGCGUGCCGGCUGUUGUGUGUAGGGGUUCCCGAAAAGCAGCACCACCGUCGCAGCAGGAACAGGAGGUCCAUCUCUUCCUGGCUUUCCAGCAAGGGAACAGGGCAGCCUACUGCGUCGAUCUCGGCAGCCGUGCAGAAUUUAGCAGCUGUCAGCUGUUGGGUCCCUCCUGAUAGAAGCAGCAGCAGAAGGGCCGAAAGCCGGACAGGAGGACGCGCGAAAGCUAAUAGAAGGAAGAGCGAUAGAGAGAGAGAGAAAAGGAUAAAUAACAAUCCCCAGAACAGUGGACAACAGCAACGGUCAAAAAGAUGAGUGAACAAAGUAUAAUUGGUGCCCGGGCUUCGGUGAUGGUGUACGACGACGUGCAGAAGAAGUGGAUCCCGUCCGGCAGCUCGUCCGGCCUGAGCAAGGUGCAGAUCUUCCACCAUCAGCAGAACAACACGUUCCGCGUGGUGGGCCGGAAGCUGCAGGACCACGAGGUGGUCAUCAACUGCUCGAUCAUCAAGGGUCUGAAGUACAACCAGGCCACCGCGACCUUUCACCAGUGGCGCGACUCGAAGUUCGUGUACGGUCUGAACUUUUCCAGCCCGCAGGAUGCGGAAGCGUUCGCCCGUGCGAUGAUGCACGCCCUCGAAGUCCUCAGCGGACGGGUGCCGCCACCGUCGGGCAUGCAAACGACCAACCCGAACCCGAACCAGAUGGCGGCGGCGUACGAGGAGGACAUGGGCUACCGUACGAUGACCCGCGAGGAUGCGGCCAUCAUGCAGCAGCAGCAGCAAAUGACCAGCCAGCCGCCGGGCGUGGGCCCCCCGCAGCCGCCCAACUCCAUACCGGGCCCGGGCGGCGGCAUCCUGUCGCCGCAGACGCCCACUUCACAAACGUUGCCAUCGCAAGCCACCCAGCAGCAGCAGCAACAACAGCAGACACAUCAUCGUACGAAUAGUGCACCACCGGUUCCGCCAGUGCUACCGACGCAGCAGCAGGUCUCGCAACAGCAGUCGCAACAGCAGCAACAGCAGCAGCCACCGCCGCAACAGAAACCGAUCUAUGCAUCACAGCAGAGUAACAGCAGCACCAACAGUAUUACCUAUGGCAACAAUUCGCAACAAUAUCCGCAGCCGAUCUACGUAGCAUCGAAUCAAAACCAUCAAAUGCUGAACCAGUCGGUGUUGCCGCCGCAGCCACCACCACAACAACAGCAACAGCAGCAGCAACAACAACAGCAACAGCAGCAACAGCCGAUACCGCUACCGCCGAACCUUUCGAACGGUUCGAUUUACGCGACGGCCACGUGCUCGCCGGGCCCGACCAGUAACAACAACUCGCCGAAUCCCAUCUACGCCGGCCAGCAGCAGCUCGUUUCGCAACAACAGCAACAGCAGCAGCAGAUACAGUCACAACCACCGCCACCACCGAUGAUGAUGCCACCGAAUGGUUACGGUCCCCCGAAUGGUGUCGGUAUCGUCGGCGGCGGUCCGUACGGUGUCGGGCAGCCUCAGUAUGGUGUACCGCCGGUUCCCCAGAUGCCAAUGCCACUUCAGCAGCAGCCUCCGCCACAGAUGCAACAGAGCAACGUAGCCGCACCUCCGCCACCGCCAAUGAUGCCACCGAUGUUCCCCAUGUCGGCACCGUCAAAUAUUCCACAGCCACCGGCACCCCCCAUGCCGCCAAGUCUUAGCAACGCGGCCGCCCCUCCACCUCCACCUCCCCCGCCCGGUGCGAACAUGCUCUCCGCGAGGCCGGCCGAAAUCAACUCGUUGGCCCUACAGCUGGCCAGUGCCAAACUGAAACGCAGCCAGCCACCGAAAGCGUCGCCAGGUGGCGGUGUCGGGGCGUCGUCGACCUCUUCCCUGGCGUCGGCCGGUGCCGGCAGCAACGCCGUGUCCUCCACCGUGACGGAGAACAGCGGCAGCAGUACAUCCAGUGGAGGUAGUGGUAAUUAUGGAACCAUAGGACGAUCGUCAUCCGGCAUGGCAUCGAUGAUGGAUGAAAUGGCAAAGACACUUGCCCGAAGACGAGCACAGGCCGAAAAGAAGGAGCCGGACUCCAACGAUGACGGUGGCUCGUCCGGAUCGGGCGCUCGUCAACGGGCCUGGGAAAAGUCGAGCACACUGCCGCACAAGUUGGGUAGCAACAGUUCCGCCGGCGGUGGUAAUAACAGCAGCGCCGGUGGCCAGAGUGGUGCAAGCCUGAGCGGUUCCGAAUCACCGAAACCGUCGCGGAAACGGUUCGGUAGUGCCAGCGAGGAAACGAUACUGAAGCAGAUCAAUGGUGGUGAUAGUUUUUCCCUUCCGACCGCGGUCGAGUUCGAUAAUCUGAAGGAGGAAAUAUUGCGCGAAAUGCGCAACGAAAUCGCCAAGGCAAAGCAGGAAAUCAUAGAAGCUAUCAAAUCCGAGUUCAACCGAAGGUAAACGCGGGUACCGAAGAGGUGCGCGCCAACGCCGGUGAGGAAAGGGGGCGGAAACGGCUUCUACAACAACAACAACUAAUUACUAAAACAUCCUACUAUUACUAUUAUUACUACGCGUUACUACUGUAAUAUCAUGAAAGGAAAACAGGUGGUGUCAGCAUAGCGAGAAAACGUAGGAAGGGACAGAGGUACACACACACAUACAAAUUCAUCACACAUCCGCUUAGGGUAUUUGCAUCGAAAAUGGUAUCAUCCAACCGAGAAAAGAGGAGCAACGACGAGGUGACAAUGUUGAUGGUAGACCACAUCAAACGGCGGGAAGGCGAUGUGGAUCAUAUAAGGGCCACUGUAAACGAGUUUUAAACGUUGAUUUUAGUAUUUACGUCCACAUCGAAGGCGUAUCGAUAAAGUUGAUUGAGUUCUACUACCGUUAUCACGAGGGAAACGGUACAGUUUUAUAGCAUUUUUUUUCAAAAAGUGAGAGUAAAUUUAUAUACUUCCCAAACGAUUGUACUUUCGAUGCGUUGGUUCAUGCUAGUUUUAAAAAUGCAUUUCGAAAAUGGUGCACCAGAAAACUAUUACUAUUUAUUAUUUCAUGUUUAGCAGCAAGUUUGUGGUGAAGCGUGUCAGGUGCGACUAUUGCGUGGAUAAUUUUGUAAAGCAACGCCUGUCGAUGGCCAAAACAGCGGAGGAGUAAGUUCGGUUACACGCGGCUGCAGAUUGAAACGAUUGACCGUUGGAGCCUGUAAGCAAAGGACAGUUUCACGGCAUUUUCGCAUCUCGUGGAUUUGAAAAUGUUACACUAUAGGCGGUAGUGAAACCCAAUGUGGGUUAACCAAUGGUGGUUUAUUUUUAUUGUGCUGAUUUGAAAACGAAUUGUUGAACGCCAUGCACUGAAUUUGUUCGUGUUCGUUUUGUUUUGUUAUUGAAUGAAGUUUUUCAGCACGAACAUGUAUAAAGUUCACCCACCAAGAAUUGACAAGGAACUUAAUCGAAAUAAUACACCACACACAUACACACACAUACUUGCUGACUGCUAGCAUAUACUGAACCACAAGACUCCAACGAUGUUUAAUAUAUCAAUCGCAAAUCGGUAUGCGGAAGAAUUGAACAGGUCGGAAAAAAUUAAAAAAAGCCUAAUAUACAUUCGAUUUUGACCGAACUGCGCGACGAGCAGGACGCUUACC